CAAAAUGUCCCCUUAUAACUAAAUUCGAAAGAAGAAAGUAUCUGAAAAGUAAUCACGGACGAAAAUUUUCAACUCAAAACUCAAUAAAAAUUUAAUAAAUUCCAUCAAAAUUAUCUACAAAACAUAAAAAACUAUUUAAUAAAUAGAAAAAUGUUAAAAACAAAGACGAUAAUUCAGUGUGAAACUGUGAAAAAAUAAAAAUUCUUUAGUGAAUCCCUCCUCCCAGUGCAGAGGAGAAGUGCUCUAGGGAAUGUUUUUGUUUUUAUUUUUUUUUUCUUCAUGAUUUUUUCGAUGUGACUGAGAACAAAAGAAAAAAAAAAAACUUUUUUCUUCCACACAAAUCAAAAUCAAACAUAUUUCAAAAUAAAUUUGUAUUUAAAUUUGAAAGAAAUUGCAAAAAAAAAAAAGUUGGAUUCAAAUCAACAUGUUAUUGACUAAAACAGAUCCUACAAAAAGUCAUCAUCUUUUUCUUUGCCAUCCACAAAUAAAUCCAAUAGAAGCAAAGAAAAAUUAUAAAUAGAUUUUUUUUCCUAACUUUUGUCUUGUCUGUUGUUACUGCUGCCAUCUGUUUUGGGAAGAAGAAGAGUGGCCACAAAAAAGCUGGACAGAGCUAAAGUAUCUCGAACGCCCACUCAAUCUUGAUUCCAUAAAGAAAGUUUAAUCCGAGUUUAAAUUAAGAUCGAAAUCAAAUCAAAUUCGAAUUGAAUCUAAGAAAAAUUUGUACCCGCGCGCUUUUGACCUGCUGCCCUUUUUUUUAUUCAUAUUAUAUCCAUUUUGCUAUAUUUCCUUACGUUUUCUUUGUAUCGUCGUCGUUUGGGUCGAAAAAACAUAAAUUCUUGAUAUCUACUCUGCGCGAGUUGUAACUCCAAGUUUGUUGAUUUUUUUGUUUUUUUUUUUUGUUGUAAAAAAAAGGAAAACUAGGAGGAAAAAAAAUGGGAAAAAUCGAUUGCCUGGUUGUAAUGCUGUUGUUGGUGUUUGUGGCUCAAACUGUAUGCGGAUCAAUAAUAAACAGCCCCAAAGUUGAAUGCGAGCAAUACAAUGAAAGGAAUUGCACCAGAUCACCAACACAAUGUACACCAGUUGUGGAAACAUGUAAAAUCGACUCGGAUAAAUCACCAAGUUGUUAUGUCCUUUGGUCGACAGAUCCUGCCACAGCUGAAGUAAAAAUUACAAUGAAAGGCUGCUUCACUGACAGCCAUGAGUGCAAUCAAACAGAGUGCAUCUCAACGGCUGAGCCCCGUAACAAUAUGAACUUUUGCUGUUGUAAAGGUUCACUUUGUAAUAGAGAUCACAAAUGGAUCCCUACGUCAACAGAGGCAACAACUCAAGUUCCAAAAGAGAAAACAUCAGACGAAAAUUUCUUAUACGUUUUACUAGCCAUUGUGAUUCUAUCGGUUCUUAUUGGUAUCUUCCUUACCGGAUUAUUUGUCUACAAAAAACGAAAACAGGGAAUGUUUAAUGAAAUACCAAGUAUCGAAGCUGAAGUAACAAGUUCAUCGCCGUGUCUAGCAGUCCGACCAAUAGAAUUGCUCGAACUCAAAGCAAGAGGGCGAUUUGGUGAUGUUUGGCAAGGAAAACUUCGCAACGAAGAUGUAGCUGUUAAAAUAUUCUCAAUGCAAGAAAAAGAUUCAUGGAAUACAGAAAUAGAAAUUUAUAAACUUCCACGCAUGAAACAUCCGAACGUCUUAGAAUUCCUUGGUGGUGAGAAACACUUGGAAAAAAUUAAACCUGAAUUAUGGCUAAUAACAGUAUAUCAUACAAAUGGAUCACUUUGUGAUUACUUGAAAGCUCAUACUCUUACCUGGGCUGAACUAUGUAAAAUAGCCGAAUCUAUGGCAAGAGGAUUAAUGCAUUUGCACGAGGAAAUCUUGCCAACAAAAACAGAAGGUCUUAAGCCAGCCAUUGCCCACCGAGACUUCAAGUCGAAAAAUGUUUUGCUAAAAAGCGAUUUGACUGCAUGCGUUGCAGAUUUUGGUUUAGCUAUGAUUUUCCAACCAGGAAAAUCUUGUGGAGAUACACACGGCCAAGUUGGCACUAGACGUUAUAUGGCACCUGAAGUACUCGAAGGUGCUAUAAAUUUCAAUCGAGAUGCGUUUUUACGUAUCGAUGUUUAUGCAUGCGGCUUGGUUCUGUGGGAAAUGGUAUCAAGGUGCGAUGUUAAUGGACCUGCUGCAGAAUAUGCUCUGCCAUUUGAAGCUGAGCUUGGCCAGCGGCCGUCACUUGAAGAAGUUCAAGACAAAGUUGUUGGGAAGAAACUACGUCCCCGCAUUUUGGAUUCUUGGAGAUUACACCCAGGUCUAAGUGUCAUCUGUGACACAAUGGAAGAAUGCUGGGAUCAUGAUGCAGAAGCGCGACUUUCUUCAUCGUGUGUUAUGGAACGUUUUACCCAGUUUAAUAAAUACCCGCAAAUGCCACUUUUAAUAGAGACUAACAGUGACACCACAAUAAAAGAUACGACGAAUUGUUUAUAGAAUUCAAUGAUACAUCAAAUAAGAUUUUAGAUGUUCGUGUUUUAGUGAAACAUAAAAAAAAACAAGAAUCAAAAUCAAAAUUAAUAAUACACAUAGUUUCAUGUAAGUAGAUCCAUACCCUUAGAUUUAUCGCACAUCCGUUUUUGGUGUACAGAACUAAAGAUUUUAUCUUUAAACAUAAAAAAAAAAAAAAAAAAAAACAUAUUUGUGUAAUAAAUGCGCGUACAUUUUAGGUAGCUAUAAAUAAUUUAGAAUUCAUAAAAAAAAUUAUAUAAAACAAAAAACA